AUCUACGCUGGAAUCUGCUGGAAAUUAAAAACAAUUGAUAUUAAACUGAUAUUGACUAUUGGUAACAAAAUAUUAAAAAGGACAUAAUAAAGUAGCUUUAAUCUUUCAUUAUAACAAUGUUAAAGGGUAUGGUGAGCUUGGUUACUGGAGGAGCGUCAGGUCUUGGUAAAGCUACAGUAGAGACAUUUGUUAAACAUGGUGGAAAAGUAGUUAUAUUGGAUAUCCAGGGAACAAGAGCUGAAGAAGUAGCAAAAUCUCUUGGUGAAAACGUUAUAGCCUCUAAAGGCUGCGUAACUUCGGAAGAAGACGUAAAAAAGGCAUUAGACAUUGUAAAGUCUAAGUUUGGAAGACUUGACAAUUUAAUUAACUGUGCUGGAUUUUCACACAGCCAUCAAGUGUAUAAUUUCUAUAAAGAUAGACCAUCAGAUUUAGAGCAUUUUGCAAAAUGUGUUAAUGUAAAUACAAUAGGCACAUUCAACACAAUUCGUCUGUCCGUCGCCCUAAUGGGUAAGAACAAACCCUCAGCCGAUGGUCAAAGGGGUGUGAUCGUUAACACAGCAGCCACUAUAGCAAUGGAGGGUGAUAUUGGACAAGCGGCAUAUGCUGCGUCCACGGCUGCGAUCAUUGGAAUGACGCUGCCGAUAGCAAGGGAUCUGGCAUCGCAGGGGAUAAGGAAUGUUACUAUAGCGCCUGGUAUAUUUGAAACACCAUUAGUAUCAUAUUUGCCAGAGAAGAUGAUAGAGUUCAUCAAGAGAAUGACACCGUUCCCUUCGAGGUUAGGCAAGCCAGAGGAAUUUGCGCAUUUAGUAACAAGCAUAAUAGAGAAUCCAAUGUUAAACGGUGAAGUUAUAAGAUUAGAUGGUGCUCAGAGAUGGUUCCCGCUAUAGGUUAUAAGUUCAAUGAAUUAGUGUAGAUAAUAAGACUGUUAAUAAAUGUUUAUCAUAGA